UUUAUUCUGUUCAGCCUCUCCUCUUCUGUUUUGAGUUUCAGUUUUUGGAUCACCUUCCAUCUGAUUGUUUACCAGUUCAUAUUCUGAUGCGAUAUUUUACCCAGCAUUUCUCUUUUUUUGCGUGUGUCUGCAUUUGGGUCGAGAUCUACAACAAACGCGCCAUCAGGGAAAGAAGAGUGAAAUGGAGACCACAUCACAAAGCACAGGAAGCACUGCUGUCGCUGUGUAUAUAUACAUGUGACAAACAGAGAUCUGCUUCCACUUCUGCAACAUAAUGCUGCUCAGCUGGUUUAUAGUGUUCCUCUGUAUUUCUGCAAACACAGGGGACGUUUUAUUAUUGCGCAAGCCCGGAGAGAAUGUCACCUUGCAGUGCUCCUUUGCAGAAUGUGUCAGCAGCAUCGACGGCUGCGUGGGGAUGUAUCUGUAUCAUGGUUUAAAUCCAGAGAAGGAGGUGUUGUACUACCACUAUUCAGAAAAAGUCACCCCACGAAAAAGAUACUCACAGAGGGUUGAGAAAAAUGGAUCUCUUGGGAACCACACCCUCACCAUCAGCAAUCUGGUCGCUGAGGACUCUGGCCUCUACAGAUGUGACUACAAAAGAACUACAGAGACUGAUGUUAAAUGCACCGGCUACAUCCUUGUUGUAUCAGCCUGUUCUUCAUUUCACACCGGGAAGAACCGACUUCCAGACCAGAAGAGGAGCAUCAGCCGCACGUCGAUGAGAAAUGUCCACCUCUGGUGUGGGUCGCCGUUGCCACCUGUGCCAUCAGCAUAUUUGCCACCAUCAUCUUCGUCCUGCUGAUUCUGAAGUUGAAACAAUGGACCAGAAGCAGAAGAACAGCAGGAAGUGUCCCCAUCGAAUGUGUGUAUGAAGUCAUGACAAAGAACAGAAUCGUCCCUGAAGCCGCUCCAGAGGUGUUCUCGCCAAAUACAUAUGAUUUCGCUUAGAGGAUGAGAAUGUAGGGAAAGUGUUUUUUGAAUCGAAUUUUCAAGUGAUUUACUGUAAAUAAACUUCUGCUGAAAUAUGAAGUGUAUAAUAUUUGAACAGCUAAACAAUGAAUUAUUAAAACCUGCUGUAUCUGUUUAAUUGUUGUUAAAAUAUCCCCUUAUUUAAAUCAUUGUUCAUAUCAUUAGAACUUAUUAGUAUUUGAAUAAAUAGCGGUAGAAUAAAUAAUAAAGCAUUUGAGGUGAAUUUGCAAGGGUUAUAGGUUUAUAACGACCACAAAUAAAUGGAGUCUGAAAACAAGGAAUAAUACAAACUAUUUAAUGUAUGUAAUGUUAUGUAAUAUUUGAAAAUUAUAAUUGACACAAGAUCUAAAUGAUUAAUUAAAGGGACACAUGAGUUCCGCAGGGCACACGAUAGAAGUACAUGUAAAAACAAACAAAAAGUGAGUCGCAAACAGGCUGGAAGGUUGCGUGAUGGAGAGUUGUGAGUAUAUAUAUGACAGAGCUUGUGGUCACAAACCCUGCCCUUAACGAGAAUUAUAUGUAAGAGUGAGAUGAGUGUGCGCACAUCACAAAUGAUUACAAAUCUUAUAUAAUCCAUUUAAUAAUAAUUGAGACAAUUCUCAUUUCUUGGCAAAUAUGAAUAAUGUUAAAUAUGCAAACACAACUAUUUUUUAUUUGAAUUGUAAAUGUCUAAUAUGUUUAAUUGUAUAAUAUACCUUUUUUGUAUUGUGACUUUAACCGUUCUAUUUUGUUUCAUGUUUUUUAUGGCUACUGUCUGUGCUGCCUAUGAUCUGUAUCGUGAUAUGUUCCACACUUUGUAAUUCGUGAAUCAGUUUCUAGUCAGAUGUGGUGUUGAUGUGACAACAAAGAAAUUAAGUUUGUAUCGUGCGACCAAAUGCAGAAAAGAAUAGAAACUGUUUAUCUACUCGAAGUCAACAAGUCAGUGCUUUUGAGAAACUUGUGGGCAGGAGGUGUACGAGAAAACAAACCACAGGCAACAAGGAAACUAGGUCACACAGGAAUGAUGGUUUAUACAGUUUGUAAAGUUUGGGGCUUUUUAUUUAAUUAAUUGGUGUAUUUGACAGGGAUAAAGCAAAAUAACACUUUAACAGGCCAGAGAAACUUAAAACACAUGUUCAUGGUAAAUGGAAGUAAUCUACAUAGCAAUUUUCUAUAUAAUGAAUUAUUGAACAGUUCUGCUAUUCUCCCAUUCACACACACUUUCAUACAGUGCAACACUUUCUCUAUCCCUCAUCACUCGCACACAGCUGUCAGGGGCGAUUAGGGGUUGACACGCACAAGGAAGAGCGGGAUUGAACCGACACUCUAGUUAGUGGAUGACCCACUGUACCGCCUACUGCCUAUAGGAUUUCUAACUGGGUAUAAUUUACAAUCACUGUCCCUGGAUCAGCUUUUCUCCUCUAAACCCAUUUCACAAUACAUUUUUGUUAAGUUAAUUCAACGUAUGAAAAAAGACAAUUUAUAAAGAGAAAAGUUGAAUCAUAUAAAUCAUAUACAAUUACAAAACCUAUGUUGUGUUGCUUGAUCAGUAAGUGAAGGUUUGGACGGUUUCAGACAGUGUUUAGCCUCUUUAAUUAAAUGUUUUCAGAUCAGUUUUUUUAUUUCUGUAGAUACAAAAAUAUGUUCCUAUUACGAAAAAAAAGUUUUGCAAUUAUACUGUUCACUGUUGAAGACUUCCCUGAUCUUUUCUUUGUGAAAUACGAUCUGGCAAGAUUGUUAAAACGUUCAAAAAUCUAUUUGAUGAAAGUCUAAAUGUUUUCUGUGCUAAAAUAUGUUUGCAGUUGAAUAGUUGAAUGUAAUAAACUGUUCAUCCUUUGAUCAAA